AUGGACGAUUCAUCGAUUAAUCCGAUUUUAUUAUCUUCAGCAGCUCAUCUCGAAAAUGUUGAACAACUUAUAAAAAAUCUCGAAAAACAUACACUCGAUAUAGAUAAUUUUGAUGAAAUAUUAAGUGAUCGUAAUCGACAAGAACUUAUAACAAAAUCAUUUUCAGCUGUUACCUCACAAACAAUGGCUAUUGAUGAUAUAUCAGAUGAUAAUUUUCUAGUUAAAAGUAUUUCAUUAACAAAUAAUGCAAAUACUACAGGUGGUUAUAAUGAUGAAAAUUUAUCUAUGGAUAGUCUUUGGAAUCACCGUGAUUUAUUCGAAAAUGAAGAUAUGAAAAAACAACAAACACCACCAGCUAAUGAUCAAAGUUUAUAUAAUGAACAAGAAGGUGGUUUUACAUGGGACGAUCAAUAUGAUACACGAGCUAAUUAUCGUUUAACAUUUAGUACUGAUAAACCACCACAAAUUGAAUCAAAAACAGAUAGAUCUCAUCGACUUAAACAUCAUCAUCGUCCUCAUCAUCAUCACAAACAUCGACUAGAUUCACAAUCAAGUUCAACUUAUUCUGAUGAUGGUGUAUCUCCAAAUGUAGCAAAUCAUAUGAAUGAUUGGUCAAUGCGUUCAUCAUUCAAUGCAUUAGAACAAUCUAUUGAACAACGUGAAAAUAAAACACCAAUACCACCAACAAUGGAUCAACAAGCAACAUUUGUUCGUUCACAAUCUCAUCCAACUUCAUUUUCUCCUCAACAACAAUUACCAAAUAAUAAUAACUCACCAAAUUCAUCAACAUCUUCAUCAUCAUCAGCAUCAUGGAGACGUAUGAAAGAAAGUCAACGAACAACAUCUGGUAUGGAACCAAAAGAAACUCGACCACCAUCACCAUUAAGUCUUUAUAAAAUCUUUCAACAAAAAUCACAAUUGGCUACAUCAUCUUCAUCACCACGUAGUGCUUUUCAAUAUUAUCGGCAACAAAGUGAUUCAACGGUUCCGAAUAAUAUUGAUAGCAUGACAAUAUCAGGUGAAAAAAUGAUAACAGAAAAACCGAAAUCAUCUCAUUAUCAGAAAAGACAAACUCAUACAGAUAGACCAUCAUCACAAACAAAUUCUAGUACUGAUCAAGCGAUACAAACAUCUAUUAUAUUAGAUUCUUCAUCAAACAGUCCAAUGAACAGUCGUUUUCAACCUACACCAUCAAUAAAUUAUCUCCAGACAGUUAUGGCAUCAAACUCGCCUCAUCAUCUUGCCGUUCCUUCACGUCCAUCACCAGUACCUAUCUCAUCAUCAUCUAUUCAUAAAUCUCUUCCUGAUCUUGCUUUUAUUUCUCAAUAUUCAAAAGAAUUACCUCGAUCUCGUACUACAUCACCCUUACCACCAACAUCAACUCCAGCUAAUCCUUCACUUCCUAUCAAUACUAACUAUAUGAUAUCAUCUCCAACAGUAACUCAACAACAACAAAAACAAGAAAGUGAACGACCACGUACCCUUAAAUCAAUAAAACGUUAUAAAAACAGUAAACAUUCAACUGAACCUUUAGGGGUUUUUUAUAGUCCACAACUACGUAAGACAUUUGCCGCUGUGCCAGCAUCAGCAGUUAUUAAUGGAUCAAAUGAAGCGCCGACAAUAAUUAAAAUGAAAUUACCACCACCUUCAUCAUUUCCUAAAGGACAACAACAAACAUCAAAUCUUAAAUCUUGUCUGAAAUAUGGACCAAGAGCGAAUUCAUGUGAUAUUCAAGCUAUGUUGCAAGACAGAAUAUCACCAGCACCUGCAUUAACUAUUCCUCAACCAACAAGAGAUAAGGAUUCAUCAUCUCCUACAACGAAACGUCGUUGUUCAGAAGCUGAUGUUCAAGUAGGUCGUCCUAAUUAUCUUUGGCCAUCGAACAUGCCCAGUACUGGUUCAUCAAAUAAUAUAAAUAAUUAUGUUUUACAAGAUUUUUCUCAUGAACGUUGUUCUGAUCAUGAUCUAACAUCAUUACAACAACAAAAUCAAACAAAAAAAAGUGUUAGUUUUUCAGACAAUAUUGCUAAACAUCUUAUUUCACCAUGUAAUCCAGCAAUUCAAUUUGAUCCAGCACCAGCACAACUUGCUUUCAAUGAUAAUACAACAUCAAAUAAUGAUAAUCUUGCUGUAGCAUUACAUGGAAAUCAAGAAAAUUUAACAAGAAAAACAACAUUACGUUAUGGUGAAAUGCGUCGAUGUCAAACUGAUAUUAUUGUUGUCGAUCGUAUUCAUCAUUUACAUUCAUUUACCGAAAGUCCACCAAAUGAAUUUCGUUUACGAGAAACUGAUAGUCUUGCCCCAGAACAAGAAGAUGAAGAUGAUCAAGCUAUUAUGGAAAAAACUCAUGUGAAUAUUAUACCAACUGUCGUUGAAUCUUCUCUAACACCUGUCAUUAUUGAUACUAAUGAAUCCAAUCGAACAAUGGAAAAAAUGACAUCUUCAAAUGAUAAAGAAAAUACAAUUCCUGAACAAGCAUUAAGUAUGAAUGUAUCAACAACAACAUUAAUUGAAACAAAUGAUCCAUUUCUUGAUGGUCUUUUAGAAAGAGUUAGUAGUAUUGUAAAGCGUAUAUUCGAAAUAAAAAGAUCAGGAAAAACAUUUUUUCUUACUAAUGAAAAUAAUAUUCAGUUUGAUACAUUACUUAAAAAUGACUUAUGUAUAACUCUGCAAAACAUUCUUGAACAUGGUCUUAAAUCACAACGACGAGAUCUUCCAUUAGUCAAACAAAUUAAUUUGUGGAAAAUAAUUGAAACAUCGAUUGAUCAUGGACAAGCUCUUCAAGUAUUUUAUGAAGCUAAACAAAUUGCUCAGAAUGCUUCAUUGUAUUGGCCUUAUAAAUUUCAAGCAUUUAUUUUUGCACUAUUAAAGUAA